ACACCGACGCGCCACAGCCCCUGGCCUGCAUCCUGGCGACCCGGUUAGUCUCGUGAUUGAGAGUGUCUUAAAAACGAGACGCAUUAAACAAGAUGGGGCCAAAGUGAAGCUAUGUACUAUGGUACAAUAAUACAGACCGUUAUCAUGGAGAGCAUAUCUACAGCCCCUCUCUGGGGUACUUGGAAGCUCGUAUCUUGCCGUCUACGAACCAUAUCUAACGAAGGGGUUGAGUCUUUCCAUGUUGGUCCUUUUGGAAGUGACCCUUUAGGCAGGAUUACAAUGACCCCUGAUGGCUACUUUAGCGUCCUAUCUACAUCCACCGAAGCAACUUCACAAGGACAUAUUUCAAACUGGUCGACCGGCCUGGCUGAAGAUAUUGCGACCGUAGCUAGACCCAUGGUAACUUAUUGCGGACCAUUCUCAGCAUGGAAGGAGGGUCAGGAUUCGAUACUUGGUAUUGACGUUGAGGUAGCACUGAACCCAACUCUAAUUGGGGUGACUAUGAAACGUAUUUGGACUAUUCAGCAAGAGAAUAACAGAAUACUGUUGGCUCUGAAGGGAAAGGAACAGCAUACCAUGCCAAAUGGUGUGACAGGUCAACUAGAACUACUCUGGGAAAAGAUUCUAUAAAUAUAGCUUAGUAAAGGCUAGGGUUUUAUAAUUUCAUCACCGAGAUUAUUAUUUCUCUAUAGUUGUCUCUUUAUAGUCUCCUGUAUACCAAACUAUGC